AUGGAAGCGAUUCUGCGCAAAGAGCUGAAACAAUGGCAGCGCGAAUUCCGCGUGACGCAUGGUCGCGAUCCGUCACGUACGGAUAUGCAGCGCAAUCCCGAUAUGGCACUGACGUAUGAUACGUGGCAUGCGCUGAGCCAGGCAAAAGGCGCGCCGAAGCCGCCGAAAAAAGAAAUAAAAGAGGCACGGCGCACAGCGAUGCCUGCGCCGCCGACGACGCCCACGAAGCCGCGAAAGACGAUACAGGUGCAAAGUCCCGGCAAUCCGUUUCGGUCUCCAAGUACGCCGCAGCGCACGUACAAAAAAAAGAACGACUUUGCCGCGUGCGAUUCGGACCUUAGCGAGCCGGAGACGUCGCCAAAACGUGCGGUGCCUACACCGACGAAACCGAAAAAGACACCCCCACAGAUAUUUGCGUACACACCACGUACCAAGGCACGCAAGCGGCUGCGCGGCGAAGAUGUGCGCACGCCGCCACAUGCGCGUUUGCCAAGGUACGAUGUGCAGUCGCGUGCAUCGCUGCUCCUAGCACAAAGUCCUUCGAAGCGCGCCGAGGAAGAGGAGGGGCCGCAGGCAAAGCGGCGCAUUUUUUCUUCUCGGGAUACACCGCUAGAGAUACCCAACUAUGACGCGUUCGGCCCAUCGCCCAGAAAGCGUACUCAAGCAUCCGCGCGCGGAUUCCGCCCUUUUUUUCGGACGGCCAGCACAGCAGACGUACCUGCGUCGCCGCAGAUGGAGAUGGAUGUUUGCGAAGAGGCCGCGCCAUCGUCUCAGUCCAUUCCCCAGACCCCUUUCUCACCCACACAGACCUCGCAGACGUCCGCCACGACGCAGGUGCCGCUUCCCGCUUCCAGUGCGCUUGCACUUGACGUGGAAACAAAUGGCGCGAGCGUCAUGGUUCUGCCCUACCAGCGCUUUGGCUCUGUCCGCACACGGCGCGGGCAGCUCGAAGAGCACGACGCACUCGACGCACUUGAGUGGGCAGUGCGGCAGGCGCAGAAUGAGGAGGCGCAGAAUGAGGAGGCACAGGAGCCGGUGCACGAGAUUGUUCUCCCCGAUCUCGACGAAAUCGAGUACCUAUCGCUUGUUUCGCCUAAACGCUAUGGACAACGCGCAGAGAUCGCGCGACGGCAGCGAGCCGCACAACUUGUGGAAGAGGUUGUUGCAGAGGACACGACUUCGGGGAUAGAUUGCGGGGCGAGCGAGAGUGACGACCACCACGACGACGAUUGGGCGAGCGAGACGAGUAGCGUGGAGUAUGGGCUUGGCGACGGCGAAAUGGAUAGUGCGGAUGUGUUGUAG